AUGGACGCGACCCAAAAUAUGGAUGCGAUACUCGACAACCUUGUCCUUCCUUCACUGCAGAAGCUCCUGAUGAGAUCAGUAACGACUGGCCUGACGUCCAUGAUCGCCCGCUCCGCCCCACCUCUCACUGACUUGACUAUAAUGAACACUGUACUGGGAGGCGAAGAAAUCUCCCUAUUGCAGAAGAUGCCCAGUGUGCGCGACUUGUGUCUGCUAGACACAUGUAUAGCCUGGUGGUUCUUUCGGCGUGUAGGCUCUACGGCCAAGUUCUCGGCGUCUCUGUCAGAUGGCAGGGUUGAGCCGUUCCUUCCCACUCUCUCCUCGCUGAAGAUACGGUGCGAGCAGGCGUAUCCGUGGUCGUCUUUCGCAGAUUUGUUUGGCCUGGAUCCGGAUCCGGAUGUGCAGAGUGGCGAUGAUAAGACGCAAGUUUGUCAGCCUCUUAGGAGGCUUUUCGUUGAGAUGGAGCACGCAGGUCCAACGGUGUUGCGCUAUUAUGAAAUGGAAGACCAUGAAGUGGAUCCUAUCGAUGAAGUCACUCUCUGGCGACUACGCACACUUCAAGCCGCAGGAAUUUCUAUCGAAAUUUAUGAUCAUCGUGGUACCUUACUUUUUGGAGCCAAUGAUGAGGACGAGGAUAUGUCAUUUUCUUCGGAUGAGUUCAAUGUUUAUGGUCUCCCCUUUUGCAAGCUGACACCCUCUAAUCCCGUUCGUGUUAAGGAUCGACACAAGGCGUAG